AUGUCACUACUGCCACAUUUGUUAAAUGCUCUGAUAGAUGACUAUCAUCAUCACCCGUUGCUUCACGAUCAGAACUUCGGGCUGGGUCUUCUUAACAACGAUAUACUUCAGUUGGCUCAAGGGCCGAUACUGCCAGUUCCUUUGAGAUCUGGUUAUGUACGCCCUUGGAGAACCAUGGCAGCUGGAGAUUCCGGUGUUUCAUCCUAUUCGACUAACAAAGAUGAAUUCAAGAUUAAUCUUGAUGUUCAACAGUUCAGGCCCAACGAGCUGAAAGUGAGCGUUGCUGAUGGCUUCCUCGUCAUCGAUGGAAAACAUGAUGAGAGAUCAGAUCAGCAUGGGUUUGUCUCCAGACAGUUUACAAGAAGAUAUAAAAUUCCAGAAGAGGUAGACGAGACCAAAUUGUCUUCUAAUCUUUCUUCUGAUGGUGUUUUAACUAUUUCGGCGCCAAAAAUUAUGAAAAAAGAAAUUGAGGGCCGAGAAAUACCAAUAGUUCAAACAAACCAGCCAGCUUUAAAACAGUCAGGUUCUUCCCAACAACAAGAAAAGAAUAAACAAGAAGAAAAAAUGGAAUCUUAA